GCAGCCGUCGCAAGGUGGAAUGUCCAGUUGUGCAAAAGUUGUGCAUGAAAUUGCGAUGCAGGUGCAGUGAGCGCUGAUCAAGCAAUCCUAAGGAUCGUUCCGGAAAGGGCGUUCUAACAAAACCCGUAGCCUUUAUUCUACAACAUGGUGAAUUACACGUCCACGCCGCGGCACAUCCACUUCUACGACAUUCACGAUGACGACCGGUACCCGCGCACCGCCCGCAAGCAGCAGCUCCACCGGUGGGACGCGCUGCACAGCAUGAAAUGGGUACCGUACCAGGACAGUGGCCCGCUACCGCCCAGUGCCGUCGAGUGUGGCAACAGCAAGCGCACGAAGCUGUACCUGGGCCGGGCCGAACAUGCCGGCUCGGUCACGCCCGGUUUCAUCAACCCGGCCAAGAAGGUGUGCUACAUUCCGUGGGGCGGCAAGGCGCACGAGAAGAAGGUGUGCGAGAUCCUGUGCACCGCCGGGGAGUUUGUGCCGUGCACCGAGACGAACGUGCUGCUGCGGGCAACGCCGGCCGGUGUGUCCGAGCAGGGCGAACCGCUGUACAUCGGGCGGGUAGCGGUGGACGGGCAGCUGGUCUGCGGGAAGGUGCAGCGAUCGCACUCCGUCUGCUACAUACCGUACAACAGGAAGGAGGAACCGCACGUCAACUUUGAAGUGUUCAUCAAAUCUCAGCAGUGAAACACGGCACCGACUGGUACAUAGAUAUAUUAUACUCGUGCGGCGACGAUGUCGGUGACGAAUUACGCUUAAGGGGGCGGUGGCGUUGGCCCAUGCGAUGCGAUUUUAACGGACGAAAUUUAUAUGGGAUUUGACCGAUAAUGUCGGGCGUGCGAUUUCGUCGUACGACGGAAUCAAAACUCCUUGAUUCCGUCGGAUCGUCGCAUCUGAUCUUAUCUGUCAUCGUAAUUGUGUAAGUUAUGUAGGAACAGUAUCAGUUUAUUUUUUAUAAUGUUUAAAAUAUUAAAAUUAUCCAAAUAAUCACAACAUUAACCGAAAUGGCGUAUGACAGCAAUGUCCGAUAAAAUCGCAUCGGAUGGAAGGUUGCCACCACCGAAAAGGGAAACUUAGAUAAUGGCUGUGUAAAAAUUUUCAAACCAGAUAGUGAAACGCAUAGCGCACUAUCGGCUGUAGGGACUGGGGACUGGAGAAAGAAAACAAAAGAUUAUUUGUAAACUAUUAAACUGCACGCUAAAUACAAGCUGGUUGUAUGGUGA